UGUGUGUGUGUGUGUGUGUGUGUGUGAGAGAGAGAGAGAGAGAGAGAGAGAAUGUCUGUGCCGCUUUGAAUCUGCUCAUUUUAAUGCGCAUGUCUCAUGGUUUAUGAACGCGUCACUCAGAUGGCUGGAUGAACUUCUGGCACCAUUAGUAACGUCUUUGGGCAGCAGAACACAUGGUCAAGAUGAGGAUGAUGGUGCUUUUGCUGUCUGUGAUGAUGGUCAAUGUGCUCCUGAUGGAUGCUAUGGUGGAAAGCACUGCAGAAUUUGAUCCAUAUAAAGUUCUUGGAGUCACCAGAAGCGCAAGCCAAGCAGAAAUCAAGAAAGUGUAUAAACGGCUGGCCAAAGAAUGGCAUCCUGAUAAAAACAAAAACCCUGAAGCUGAAGACAUGUUCAUCAAGAUUACAAAGUCUUAUGAGAUCUUAACAAACGAGGAGAAGAGAGCCAGCUACGAUCGUUAUGGACAAACAGAUAACACUCACCCAUAUGGACGUGGCCACCAUGGUUUCCGCCACUUUCAUGACAACUUCUACUUUGACGAGUCUUUCUUUCACUUCCCCUUCAACAAUAAGGGUGGCCGGGACUUUGCUGACAGCAAGUACACAUUGCACUUCAACCAGUAUAUCAGUGAAGUUGUGCCUGACAGCUUCAAGAGGCCUUACUUGAUCAAGAUCACCUCAGACUGGUGCUUCAGCUGCAUCCAUAUCGAGCCAGUCUGGAAAGAAACAGUGCAGGAAUUGGAAACUCUAGGGAUUGGAAUUGGUGUGGUUGAUGUUGGUUAUGAGCGGCGUUUAGCAAAUCAUUUGGGAGCACAUCAGACUCCAUCCUUUCUUGGUGUCGUCAAUGGAAAAGUGGCUUUCUUCCAUUACGCUGUUGUAAAAGGCCACCUGAUGCAGUUUGUAGAAGAUCUGCUGCCACAGAGACUAGUUGAAAAGGUUACAGACAAGAACAACCAAGAGUUUCUGAAGAGCUGGCAUGAGCUGAACAAGCCACAUGUUCUCCUGUUUGACCAAGUGCCUUCGGUCCCUUUGCUUUAUAAGCUUACAGCAUUUGCCUAUAAGGACUAUGUGCAGUUUGGAUAUGUGGAUCAAGGUCUUUCUGAGACCGCUGACCUGUUAAGAAAAUUCAACAUAAACACUUAUGCGCCAACCAUGCUUGUAUUCAAAGAGGAUGUUGAGAAGCCUGCAGAUAUUAUACAGGCUAAAGGGAUGAAGAAGCAGAUAAUAGAUGAGUUCAUCUCCAACAACAAGUUCCUCCUGGCCCCUCGCCUGGUGAACCAGAAGCUAUUUGAUGAGCUUUGCCCUGUCAAACAGUUCCAUCGUCGCAGGAAAUAUUGUGUUCUACUCAUCACUGGUGAGGAAGAGUCCUUCGCCACAGGAAAUGAAGCCUUCCUCUCGCUAGCCUCCGCGAACACUAAUGAUGUGCUGCGAUUUGCUUACGUCUACCAGCGACGUCAGCAGCCCCUAUGCGAUGUUCUCUUGAAGAACAAAGACAGCACACUACCACAGGUGGUGAUUCUGGAGAGGCGUAACGGAGCUGGUAAGAUUCUGUAUAAGCCAGUUUCGGGAGGAUGGAACGGCAGUAAGGAAGACAAACACAAGCUUCUGGAGGAACUCGAAAGACUGCAGAAGGAUCCCUCCAUCCUCAACAAUGAUGCCGUUCUCCCAGAGCUCAACAAUGAGUUCACCUCGAUGUUUUUAAUAAGAUGGAUUUACACGGCAUAUGACUACUUGGCUGAAAUUAUCGAUGAUCUUCUUCACAAUAACUGGCGUGAGGUGAUGCCCCUGCUGUCUUUGAUAUUCUCUGCACUUUUUAUUUUAUUUGGCACUGUAGUUAUUCAGGCUUUCAGUGACUCAAGUGAGGAAAAACAGCCCAAAACAAAAGCAAAAGAGGCAUCCAAGGCAGAGAAUGGUUCACCGAACACCUCCAGCACAUCCAGCAGUCGCCCACCAAAGAAAAACUUUGUGGAGGUGACAGAGUUAACGGACAUUACAUACACUAGUAACCUGGUGAAGCUGAGGCCGGGUCAUAUUAAUGUAGUUCUGGUACUUACUGAUCCCACAAAGAACAUCCUGCUCAGCAAGUUUGCCAAGGAAGUUUAUUCAUUCACUGGGAGUUUCACCCUACACUUCUCCUUCCUAAAUGUGGAUAAACACGGCGAAUGGAUGGCGGCCGUGUUGGAAUACGCCCAGGACGCCAUGCAAAUCGACACAGAUGAGGACGAAGCGGGCAGCCGCAAAUUAGACUACACUGGCUAUGUUCUAGCCCUCAAUGGUCAUAAGAAGUACCUGUGUCUUUUCAAGCCAGUCUACACAGGUGAAGACUUGGAUAGCAAGCCAGAAGAGGAAGGAGGAGGAUCCCGAUCCAGGAAGGGCACGACACGCUCUCGAUCCACAACUCUUCAGAUCCACCACAAACUGGAUCGACUCGGACUCUGGAUGGAGCGACUGAUGGAAGGGACGCUGCCACGGUACUAUGUCCCAGCCUGGCCCGGUCUGGACAAGAUCACUGUCAACAAAUAAAGCCUCAUGGAAGCUAAUAACCCAGCUGCAUUAGAAGCACCCGAUGGCCUCAUUUAAACCAGGCUUGAAGCUACUCAGAGACAGAUGCUCUAUGUAAGACUUUGCAAAAGUGACUUUGGCUUAGCAUUGUUGAGUAAAGGAGAAUGUUUGGAGCGCUUGAAUCGACACUGAUGUUGACCUCUUGGAAAUCUUUACUUUAGCUGCUCUAAUGGAGCGAUUUACAGUCAGUUUGGAUAUUUGGUAUUCAUUUCAAAAGGCUGUUAGUUGAGAGACAAAAUAUUGAUACAGCUAGCCUAGCUUUCGAUUUGAAACAUUUCCGUUCCAUGAAUAACACUGCAACAUGCUGCUAGUUGAAAAACAGCUAACAUAAUGUAGCAUAACAAACAUGAUCACUGUAGACUUUUAGUCCUAACUGUUUACUCAUGACAAUGCUGUGAAUUUGUACGUUUACAAUUUUAAGAGACACUUAAUAUAUUAUUUUAAUAUAUUACACAUAAUUUUAAUUUAACACCCUUGAUCUACAAAGUGCAAUAUUUAACUUUAUGCUAACAAUUUACAAUAAGGUUCUAUGUGCUAACUUUAGUUAAUGCAUUGGAUUAAUUGAAAUAAUGCACAAUGCUUUCGCAGCAUUGAUUAAUUAUGGAUAACGUACAUUUCUACAGUAAAUAUACUAAAACAUUUAAAUCAUUUCAAAAUUGUGGUUUAUUGUUAGUUCAUGAUGCUAAAUGCAUUUACUAAUGUUAACAUUUUAAUGGUUUACUUGCAAUUCCUUACCAAAAAAAAAAAAAACAUUCUAAAGCAUAAAAUUUAAUAAUAUAAAACUAGAAUCAAAUACUUAGGCUACUUUGAGACCUUUAAUUAAAGUUUGUUAGAAUUCAAAAUUGAAAAUAUAAAAAUCUGCCAUUUGGAAACAUGCACCAUUCUUAAUUUUUUUAAAUAAUUUGAACAAACACAAAAUCUUUUUUCCCCCCUUCUAAAGAAUAGUGAAAAUAUGGAUGGUAGAUAUCAUAAGUUAAUUUAAACUUAAAAAAUACUAUAGCUUUAUCAGUUUCAUCAAUUCAUUUUUUUUUUCCAGUACAAAUUUCUUAGCAUCUUCCAUACUUGUGGUACAGACUUUAACACAACUGGCGCAACUUUAGAGCAAUACCCAUAGAACAUGAACUGUGCUUCAGUCCCAAGGUGUAAAUAGUUACAUAGUAUUAAAUGUAUAUGUAAAAAUAUAAUAUGGAUUUGUGUCUCUAAAAUAUAAGAAAGAUUCCAGAUGUUCUUACCAGAAUAAUAGUGUAAUUAAAGGGUGCAACAGCUCUUUAUUGACCUGUACAAGUUACAUUCAGUUAUAUAGUGCAGCUAUAAAAUGAGUAGGUAUAGCCUUAAAGAAUGACAAAGAGCGCCAGAGACCUAUAUAGUUUCCAUUUGUGUUUUAAUUAAAAAUGUGUUGUGGCAUGCAAAGCAUACUCUCAACAGUACAAAGAGAAGAAAUGAUACAUACUUGAUCUGAAGUAUUUUGUACUAUGCAUUUCAUGUUUGCUGUAGAAAAGCGUUUGUCUCCUUUAUGUAGUGAUGUUUCAUUUUCUUUAGCAGGAUUUAGUGGUUAAUUCAUUUGAUUAGCUAUUGCAUAUGCACAGAAAGGUGUGGGUGAGUUAUAUCCACUCCUAUAUGAAGUCUUCCAUUACUGACAUAUUUUGCGUGAUGAAUAAUAUUACUUAAUUCAUAUGGUGUUCAAUGAACAUUCAUUAUACUUUAUAAUCAAUGAUGCGGUAUUGGUGCCAUUUUACUAUAUUAGCAUUUUAUUUGUGUUUUGCAAUGCACUGGUAAAUAUCUUAAAUUUAAGAUAGCAUUAAAUCAUGCCAAAUUUUCAUGGCUUAUUAACUCUAUAUGACUAAAUGUGUUUAUGUCUGUGGUGUAAAAUAUGAACUCUGCAUCGUGUUAUGUAAUUGUUUUAUUUAUUAAU